AGUGUACAUUCAUAUCUAGUCUAACAGACACCAACACAUCUGAUACCCGUACUGCGCCACGCGCGGUCUCUACACCAGAGCUGCCACAUUAAUGCGCUUCCCGUCGCCAGCAACCAUCUUGCGCACACUGUACGCCUUCAGUAACGCCACCCUUCAUCGCGCUCCAGGUCCCUUCACCAACACUACUGGCCUGCGACCAACAACUGCCUUGCGCAGCAUUUCUAUGCCCACGAUCCCCUUUAUUGGCGCAUUCUUCAGUACUGCCGAAAGCCGGAAUAUGUCUCAUCCAGUGCAGAAGAGUGACAGCGAGUGGCAAGCUCAGCUAAGUCCAGAACAAUUCCGCGUCAUCAGGGAGAAAGGCACCGAAGCCCCGUUCACGGGCAAGUACGAUAAGCACCACCCGGAGAAGGGUGUCUACGCAUGCGCGGCCUGCAAUGCGCCGCUGUACACCGCAAAGCAGAAGUUCAAGUCCGGUUGCGGAUGGCCAGCCUUCUACGAUACCGUACCCGGGGCGGUAACGAGGCACACUGACCGGACAUUCGGUAUGGAACGGACGGAGAUUGUGUGCUCAAACUGUGGCGGUCACCUUGGCCAUGUCUUCAAGGGAGAAGGAUAUCCAACUCCGACGGAUGAAAGGCAUUGCGUGAACAGUGUCAGCAUCAAUUUCACCGAGGAUGAGGCUGGCGCGGACAAGAGCAAGGUUUAGGGUAGUACUUGCUUACGUACGAAUAUGGUAGAUCACUGGAUUCACCAAGUAAUCCGUUUCCGUGUGAACAUAGACUGCA